ACAAAUCUCUGGGCGUUACCGUGGUGACGUCAUGUGAGCUGACUGACACGUACUGUUUUGUAGUAGAAAAAAAAGUCCAAAGCAGGAAGAAGAAAGGCAAACAGAAAGCUCGGAGGCACAGGAGAGCUAAGAGAGGAUUUCACAUCGCAGGACUGUCUUCGGAUCCCUAUCCGUGGUUCCAUCAUGAACGUGUUUGACCGCAACAUCAACUUUGACGCUCUCUUCAAGUUCACCCAAAUAUCUCAUUCAACCCAGGUGCACUUGAAGAAUGUGUAUUCCUGCCUGGCUGCUUGCAUGUUUGUGGCUGCAGCUGGAUCCUACGUCCAUGUCGUCACACGCCUCUUCCAGGGCGGCGUGCUCUCUGUGCUGGCCUCUCUGGGGAUGAUGUUCUGGCUUGCCAUGACGCCUCACAACUCAGAGACAGAGAAGAAGAGACUGGCCAUCCUGGCAGGGUUUGCCUUCUUCACAGGUGUCGGCCUCGGUCCCACACUGGACUUUGUCAUCGCUGUUAACCCAAGCAUCAUCAUGACGGCCUUCAUGGGAACCUCCAUCAUCUUCAUCUGCUUCACCCUCAGCGCUCUCUAUGCCAAACGCAGGAGCUACCUGUUCCUUGGAGGCACUCUGAUGUCCGGCCUCUCCCUCCUCUUCCUCAUGUCUUUGAUGAACAUGUUCUUCGGAUCAGUGAUGCUGUUUAAGGCUCACAUGUACCUGGGGCUGCUCAUCAUGUGCGGCUUCGUCCUGUUCGACACUCAGCUCAUCAUCGAGAAAGCAGAAAACGGAGACAAGGAUUACGUCUGGCACUGUGUGGACUUGUUCCUGGAUUUCGUCACCAUCUUCAGGAAACUGAUGGUCAUCCUCGCCAUGAACGACAGGGACAAGAAGAAGGAGAAGAAGUAAAGAGUGUGAGGAGAGUAAUAAAUCUGUGAGAUAGAGGUACAACUUGCAACGCA